AUGAUGCGAGACUAUGAAUUGUUUGGAGAUUUGUUAGUUCACGAUACGACGCAUCGUACUAACAAAUAUGAUAUGAUUUGUGGUCCAUUCGUUGGUAUGAACCAUCACUGUAUGAACGUCAUGUUUGGAUGUGGUUUUUUGUUGAACGAGAGGAUUGAGUCGUUCGUAUGGUUGUUUAGGUCAUUUUUAAGAUCAAUGAAUGGGAAAAGUCCCCAAAGUAUAAUGACCGAUCAAUGCGCUGCCAUGGCUGCUGCUAUUUCCCAAGUUUUUCCAACCUCAAGACAUCGCCUAUGUAUAUGGCAUAUCGGUGAGAAUUCAAAGAAGCACAUCAAGGGACUAAGAAAUCAAAAAGAUUUUCUAGACAUAUUCAAUUGUCUGUUGAAACAUACAGAUACGGAGGCAGAGUUUGAGCUUUAUUGGACAAGGAUGGUCACAACAUACAAAUGCCAUAAUAAUUCUUGGAUUGAAAAGCUGUAUCAAUGUAGAGAAAAAUGGUGCCCUGCAUUUAACAAAGAUUAUUUUUCUGGUGGUAUUUUAUCUUCACAAAGGAGUGAAACCACAAAUCACUCUAUUUCUAGAAGGUUAUCCAAGACUGCUGGGCUAUGUGAUUUCUAUAGCUCCUUUGUUGGGGUUGUUUCGGAGUGGAGGAGUAGAGAGAACGGGGAAGAUGUCCGGUGUUCCCAAGGUGUACCUACAAUGGUUAUUGAUGACAUUAAGAUUCUUUCACACGCUAGGGAUAUUUAUACGAUUGAGAUAUAUUACUUGUUCGAAGCGCAGUUUUUGAAAGGGGCAUCAUGCUAUCAAGAGUGUGUUCAAUUUGAAGGUGGUGUGUAUAAGUAUCACGUCUGGAGGCCGGAGGUUGAUAUUAUUAGGCAUGAAGUGAUUUUUAACGUUAGAGAGUUAGACAUUUGGUGCAGUUGCAAGCUGUUCACUGAAACCGGGAUCUUAUGUUGUCACUGUUUACGCAUUUUAAACGUGCAUUGUGUGUCUGAAGUUCCAAAUAAAUAUAUUAUGAAGAGAUGGACUAAAAGAGUUUUGGAAGACGAGAAUGCUGGUAUUAUCCCCCCAUCUCAGUGCUUUAAUGUUCCCUCUUCUGUUUGGACUUUAGAGAUCACUAGGAAAUUUCAGAAGUUGGUUGUUUAUUGCCAAGAAAACAGCGAAGCACGCAAAAUUUUUGAGCAAGCAGUGUUAGAUGCCAAGAGAAAAGUUGAACAUGAGUAUGGCCCUAUUUUCUUCGAAGGUGAAGAUUGUGAUGUGGAAUCUUCGAGCGGUGUUAUAAAGGAUCCAUCAAACAGUCGGUUGAAAGGGUCUCAAGUUGAAGAUGCUAUUUCUAAUAUUGCUGGUAAUGGAUACCUGGUGCAUCCAAUGUCUGGAGGUUCAACUUUUUGUCACGUUAGGUCAAAUUCAAAUCAAGAGGACAAUUAG